AUGGCACUCCAAACUGUCGCUAUUGCCGUUGUAACGGCUGUAUACCUUCUCAUUCGCUAUUUGAACCGCACCGAUACUCCCAAGAUCAAAGGUCUUCCUGAAAUUCCGGGUGUGCCCCUCUUUGGAAACCUACUGCAGCUGGGCGACCAGCACGCAACAGUAGCGGCCAAAUGGGCGAAGAAAUUCGGCCCUGUUUUCCAAGUGCGCAUGGGAAACAAGCGCAUUGUUUUCGCGAAUAGCUUUGAUUCCGUGCGCAAGCUAUGGAUUAAGGACCAGUCCGCUCUCAUCUCCCGACCAACCUUCCAUACUUUCCACAGCGUCGUCUCGAGCUCUCAGGGAUUUACAAUCGGUACAUCGCCCUGGGAUGAGUCUUGCAAGCGCCGUCGCAAGGCAGCUGCCACUGCCCUCAACCGACCGGCAGUCCAAUCUUACAUGCCUAUCAUUGAUCUCGAGGCCAACUCUAGCAUCAAGGAGCUUUACCGGGAUAGUAAGAAUGGCACCUGCGAUAUCAACCCAACUGCAUACUUCCAGCGAUUCGCGCUUAACACCAGUUUGACACUAAACUACGGAAUUCGGAUCGAGGGUAAUGUGGAUGAUGAACUACUUCACGAGAUUGUGGAUGUUGAGCGUGGAGUCUCCAACUUCCGCAGUACGUCAAACAACUGGCAGGAUUACAUUCCACUGCUGCGUAUCUUCCCCAAGAUGAACCACGAGGCUGAGGAGUUCCGUGUUCGCCGCGACAAGUAUUUGACAUAUCUUCUGGAUGUACUGAAGGACCGCAUUGCCAAGGGCACCGAUAAGCCUUGCAUUACUGGUAACAUCAUCAAGGAUCCCGAGGCAAAGUUAAACGAUGCUGAGGUGAAAUCGAUCUGUCUGACUAUGGUGUCGGCGGGCCUUGACACCGUUCCUGGCAAUCUGAUCAUGGGAAUUGCAUACUUGGCAUCAGAAGAUGGACAGCGAAUCCAAAAGAAGGCAUAUGAAGAAAUCAUGAGUGUGUAUCCUGAUGGUGACGCCUGGGAGAAAUGCCUAGUCGAGGAGAAAGUUCCUUACGUCACGGCCUUGGUAAAGGAGAUUCUGCGAUUCUGGACAGUCAUCCCUAUUUGUCUUCCCCGCGAGUCCACCAAGGAUAUUGAAUGGAACGGCGCAACGAUUCCUGCCGGCACAACCUUUUUCAUGAACGCCUAUGCUGCCGAUUACGAUGAAGACCACUUCAAGGAGGCGGACAAAUUCAUUCCUGAGCGCUAUCUUGAGAUUGGCGAAGGAUCUGGUACCCCUCAUUAUGGCUACGGGGCUGGAUCCCGGAUGUGUGCUGGCUCACACUUGGCGAACCGAGAGCUUUUCACGGCUUUCAUCCGUCUGAUCACUGCUUUUGAAAUGAAGCCGUCUAAGUUGGCUAGUGACCGACCCAUUCUGAAUUGUAUUGAUUGCAAUUCUAUUCCCACUGCCUUGACUACAGAGCCCAAGCCGUUCAAGGUUGGAUUUGUUGCUCGUAACCCCGAGCUAUUGGAGAAGUGGAUGGCUGAGAGUGAUGAACGGACCAAGGAUCUUUGA